AUGUGAUGUGAAUGAAACGAAUUUAAAGUAGAAUUCAUAUCAUUAUUAGUCUUCUUCCUUCAUCAGGCAUUCAGGCUUCUGCAUACUCCUCUCUGCUCAUCAAUCCAUCCUGACCAGUAGUCUUCAAUGGCUAAUUUACUUGUCCAUUUACUCUUCCUACUCCUCAUUCACCUUAUUCCUUCCAUCUUCUGCCAGGUUAAAGAGUUCAUUAGCUUAGAUUGUGGAAGUAAAAUAGGUAAGUACAGCGAUGAACACACAGGCUUAGAAUGGAUCUCAGACUCCAUACUGAUGAGUUAUGGAAAGUCAGUAGUGGAGGAGAAUCCAGAUGAUGAUGAUGAUGGAAGAGGAGGCCAAGUACAACAACAGUACGAAACUCGUAGGGAGUUUCCUACAGACAAUCGCAAGUACUGUUACACCUUAGCCACUCAACGGAGGAGGAGAUACCUUAUUAGAACAACCUUCUUGUACGGCACAGGCGUCCCUGGAAAUGAUACAUACCCCAAAUUCCAGAUUUAUCUGGACUCUACCAAGUGGGCAACUGUCUCCAUAUUAGAUGCUAAUAGAAUUUUGACCAAGGAAAUGAUCAUUAGGGCCCCUUCCGAUUCAAUUAAUGUGUGCCUCUGCUGUGCAACCACUGGUUCUCCAUUCAUAUCAACUUUGGAACUCCGGCCUUUUAAUCUUUCAAUGUAUGCAACUGACUAUGAGGACGCUUUUUACUUGAAAGUAGCAGCAAGAGUCAAUUUUGGUGCAUCCACCAAAGAUCCCAUUAGGUAUCCAGAUGAUCCAUAUGACCGUAUCUGGGAUUCUGAUCUUGCAAAAAGGCAAAAUUUUCUGGUAGGAGAAGCGCCGGGCACCCAGAGGAUCAACACAUCUAAGAUUGUGGAUACAAACAAUAGAGAAUGUCCACCUCUAAAAGUGAUGCAAACUGCAGUUGUUGGAACUCAAGGAAGUAUCACCUACAGAUUAAACCUGGAGGACUUUCCUGCCAAUGCAAGAGCUUAUGCAUACUUUGCAGAAAUCGAGGAUCUUCCAAACAACCAGACACGGAAAUUCACAAUGCUGAAGCCUUAUAUACCUGACUAUAGCAAUGCUGUUGCAAAUAUCGUUGAGAACGCCAAUGGGAGUUACAUUUUGUACGAACCAAGUUACAUGAAUGUCUCCCUUGAUUUUGUACUCACUUUUGCUUUCGUAAAGACUCCCGAUUCAACUAAAGGUCCCCUUCUAAAUGCCAUUGAAAUAAGCAAAUACGUAGAGAUCACCCGAAACACAAAUCAACGUGAUGAUCAUGCUCUCAGUGCGUUUCGUACCAUGUCAGCUGAAAUUUCUGGAACAAAUGAAGGUGAUCCUUGCAUUCCAACCACUUGGGAGUGGGUCUCAUGCAGCUCUGCUAGCCCACCAAAAAUAAUAAAAAUUCUUUUGACAGGCAAGAACAUUAAGGGUGAUAUCCCAUCAGAGCUUAGUAUUAUGGAUGAAUUGACAGAAUUAUGGUUAGACAACAACAUUCUCACAGGGCCCAUUCCUGACAUGAGCAUACUUACAAAGUUGAAAAUUGUGCAUCUGGAAAAUAACAAAUUAACUGGUUCAAUUCCAUCUUACCUGGGAAAUCUACCAAGCUUACAGGAAUUGUACUUGCAGAACAACUCCUUGACAGGGGAAAUACCCUCUACAUUGGUCACAAAAAACAUCACCUUUAAGUUUGAUGGUAACCCGGGUCUUAGAAAAGGAUCAAAAGGGAAGAAGCGCCAUAUAUUAAUAAUAAUUGGAAGCUUAGUUGGAGUGGUACUCGUCAUUUUAUUGUUAGGCCUCUCCAUGAUGCAUAUUCUUAGGAAGUGGAAAAGGGCAUCAUCUUGCAAAGCAACGGAUGAGAAAGGUGGUGUUUCCCUGCAUGUCACCAGCACCAAGGCAUCAUCCACAUAUUCACUUGCUAGAGGUGGCCACUUCAUGGAUGAAGGAGUUGUCAGCCUGCACAUUCAAAUCUCUGACAUACAAGAAGCUACACAAAACUUUUCAAAGAGAAUUGGUAAAGGCAGUUUUGGACCAGUUUACUAUGGCAAAAUGAAACAUGGGAAAGAGAUAGCAGUUAAAAUCAUGGCCGACUCUUCUAGCCAUGGGACAAAGCAAUUUUCCACUGAGGUUGCCCUUUUAUCAAGAAUUCAUCAUAGAAACUUGGUUCCUCUAAUUGGGUAUUGUGAAGAGGAACAUCAACACAUGCUGGUUUACGAAUACAUGCACAACGGGACCUUACGAGAUCACAUACAAGCUAUAUCAAGUUGCAAAGAUUUGGCUGCUCAUAGGCAGUUAGAUUGGCUCACUCGUCUUCGAAUAGCAGAAGAUGCAGCUAAAGGACUUGAAUAUCUACACACUGGAUGCAACCCAGGUAUCAUUCACAGGGAUGUGAAAACAAGCAACAUUCUUCUAGACAUUAAUAUGAGGGCGAAGGUGUCUGACUUUGGUCUUUCAAGACAAGCAGAAGAAGAUCUAACACAUAUAUCCAGUGUGGCAAGAGGAACAGUAGGCUAUCUGGAUCCCGAGUAUUAUGCAACUCAGCAAUUGACAGAAAAAAGCGAUGUUUAUAGCUUUGGAGUGGUCUUGCUAGAGUUGAUUUCUGGAAGAAAGCCUGUUUCAUUAGAAGAUUACGGGGCAGACUGGUGCCUAGUUCAUUGGGCAAGAUCAUUGAUUCGGAAAGGGGAUGUGAUCAGCAUAAUAGAUCCUUCGAUAGUGAAAUGUGUAAAAAUGGAGUCGGUGUGGAGGGUGGCUGAGGUAGCACUGCAAUGCGUGGAACAACACGGAUUUUUGAGGCCGAGGAUGCAGGAAACAAUCCUUGCGAUACAAGAAGCAGUAAAGAUUGAGAAAUUAGGUACCACCAGCGAACAAGAUAUAACAAGGGCUCAAUUCUCCUCGCGUAAGACUUUAUUAACAUCCUUUCUAGAUAUUCAAAGCCCUGAUUUUUCUAAUGGCUCCUCACAUCAACGCCCUUCCGCAAGAUAAAAAACAGGAAUAGUUAUAGAUAAUAUAAAUCCAACAUUAUUAUUAACACUCCUCAAGUUAGUCUCUGUCAAUGUAAGUGUAUCUAUUUGUGAAUGGAAAGUUGAGCUUAUGAUGAUGAA